CGGACCGACUUCGGACCAGCUUCGGAGACAAAAACUUCGGACAGGGGUGGGGUCUUUCGGACAGGAACUCGGACCAGCUUCGGAUGGUCUUUCGGACCAGGCUUCGGAUCAGGUUUCGGACAGAUCUUCGGACCAACUUCGGACCAGAUUCGGAUGAGCGGCUUUCCCCGAGUGAUAGCGGGCACUGGCUUGGAGCAGCUUCGGCUGCAUUUGGUGGCGACACGCUCUCCUGUGCCUGGACCGGGGCCGGCACCACAGCACGCACAACUUACCGAUGUACCACUACCAUCUGGAAUGUCUGCGCAAGCUGCUAGAUUCUUUUCGCGUCCCAGGAUUGGGAGCAAAGGGCUGCGUCCACAGCUAGAGCCCAACCGUGAAGAUUAUGGGCCCGGGGGAUUCCCAGAGUCUCAGCCAUUACAUGCCCACGUCCGCAAGCCGUUCCCCUACCUGCCUCUGGGGGGCGCACUGCCGAAGUGCCCCAGCCCGGCGCGCCCCAGCCCAGCGUGCCCCAGCCCGGCGUGCCCCAGCCCGGCAUGCCCCAGCCCGGCAUGCCCCAGCCGGGAGUCCUCGGAGUGACGGGGAUGUCGUCCAUAGCCACCCAUUUCUUUUCACACAAACUGAGCCGGGGACCCGAGGCAGCAGCCCACCAGGAGGGCGCAAGCUCAGGCCCAUUGGGGCAAGCCAAAGGUAUACUAUGUGUGCAAUGGCUACAAUGGCAUCAGCUAUACAUUGUUUUACUGACCUUCUGGUAUGCAGGUACCGGCUCGCAUGGCCCAACGGACAGUACUAGCAAGCUUGGGAUGGGCGAGACAAAGCUUGGAGAGACUAAGCUUGAAGUUACAGGUACAAAGAGGCCAUACACUAGAUAUGCCCCCAGCGCCAAGUAACCAACUUUUAUGAAUCUAUUCUGUAGCCCGUGUACUGGUCGCUGUUGCUGCACGGUGUAAACAUGGAAAAAAUGCAGUAUCAGCGGCCGACCAGGUUCAGGCAUAUCAACGAGAGGGGAAUGCUGCAUCCGACUCCGUGCCCUUGGGCACUUUGGCAAAUGGGGCUUUGGCAAAUGGGGACGCCGCUUACCCCUCCAUUGGUGAGGACUUCUCGCAGGAGGUACACUGGGCCGCUCUGCUCCACCUUCUGCCGCAUUAUUUGGAUAUGAUGGUGGGCUCAUUCUCGGCCACGCCAAGGUCAGUUUAGUCGGUUGUGCAGUUGUGUGGGCUGGUUGGGGGGACUGCUGUAACUGCAGGCAAGGUGAGACAAGUCAAAGCUGCAUGAUCACAAACAAGUGCGGAAUGCAGGUGGAAUGCAAGUGUGCUGGAUGCCCUUCUGGGGGGAGUCUGCGCUCAGGUAUGCCUGUCAUGGGGUUAGGUUAGCGGUUCGAGACUGACCAAUCAUUUUACUCAGAUGACUCACGAUUCUGAUUCGGGACCAGCCCUGCUGGGCGUGGCAGCCAGCUAUGACCGCUGCAAUAGGGCAGACAGUAGCAUGUUCAACCAUUCUCAAAUUGUGGAGCAGGAGCUGCAUCCCAAACGCAACGAGGGCACCUCCAGCAAGCAGCCAGACGUGACUCAAACAGAGAAGUUGCGCAUGCUGCUGCACGGCUUGUAAGUGCUCUUGUCUGUGGCCUUGCUGGGUUAGCAUAUCUAGCAUAUCUACUGAGCACCUGUAGCACCUGCAGGGGCAGUGAGGCAUACCGGGUGACCACGUACCUGUGGGUGGCAAAAUCUCCAUCCUUAGUGCUGGAGGACGGCAGCUUGGUUCAGGACUGGGACAAUGCACCGCCGGUUCAUUCAAUUGGGCUAGAAUGGCUCCGCUCUAUGCCAGAUGAAGUGGUGAUAUGGUGCGCCUCUGUUUUUUUUGUUGGGUUGGGUUGGGGGCACAUGCUAACCCUCUUCCACAGGUACUUGACAUCGUUCAGGAAUGUAGGGCCCAAAACGGCCGGGUGUAUCAAGCUGUUGCAGCUAGGUCGACAGGUAUUGCUUUUAUGAGCUUUUGUGUGUGAGCCUCGGUUAACAUCCUUAAGCAGGAGCUUCCGGUAGAUGUCAACGUGCAACGGAUCAUGACCAGGCUUUCAGUCCUGAGCCCCAACCUUUCUCAGGACAAGGCCAACGAGGCCAUGUCCGGGCUCUUGAAUCAUAUGGGCUUGCUCGAGGAGGACUUGUAUAACCUUCACAACCAACUCAUAACGUUUGGCAAGGUAAGUGGGUAAUCAUACUAAUCAUACACCAACGCAAGGUCUUGACAUUCAUUCCCUGCAGGUUGUGUGCACGGAAAGAAAGCCUAGAUGCCACAUCUGCAGUCUCAACUCUGCGGGCAUAUGCAAUUUCAAAGAAGUGCGGGACAUUGAGGACAUUGCGGGCCGGGCUGGGCUAGCUGGGCUAGCUGGGCAGGGGCAGGGGUCCGGGGUUGGAGUUUCCACUC